AUGGCCGCUACCACUGUAACUCUCUCCUUCCUCUCCCUCCACACCGCCACCACCUCCACUCCCACGACCCGCCUUUCCCUCCUCAAAUCCACCACCAAACUUCACCCUUUUUCUUUCUCUCUCUCACCCAAAUCUCCUUUUCUAUCCCUCCUCUCUUCACACCCCAAAAUCAUAACAACAAUCACAAAAGCCAAUUCGAGUGACAUUGACACUUCCUUCUUUGACAAUGUUAACCCAGAAGAAGAAGUUGUUUUUGACCCACCAACCCCACCUGAAGAUUACAUUCCUCCACCCUCCUUUGAUGAAGGUCCAUUGGAAACUGAAGAAGAAAUAGCUGCAGCUUAUGAGGAACUUUAUGGUCCUGCUUAUAGUGGAGUUAGUGUUUUAGGCAAAGAUAUUUAUGUAAUGGAUUCUAAGGUUAAAAAAACAAGUGGGUGGAGUUCAAGAUCAAAGAAAGAGAAAAUUAAAGAUGGGUUUGAUGAGAGAGUUGUUCAAGUAAGGAGAGUUACUAAGGUUGUUAAAGGAGGGAAACAAUUGCAUUUUAGAGCCGUUGUUAUUGUUGGAGAUAAACAAGGUCAAGUAGGGGUUGGAGUUGGAAAAGCUAAGGAAGUUAUUGCUGCUGUCCAAAAAUCAGCUAUUGAUGCUAGAAGAAACAUUAUUACUGUGCCUAUGACAAAGUACUUGACUUUUCCUCAUAGAUCUGAGGGAGAUUUUGGGGCAGCAAAGGUGAUGCUUAGACCUGCCUCACCUGGUACUGGAGUGAUUGCUGGAGGUGCUGUGAGAAUUGUUCUCGAAAUGGCAGGUGUUGAGAAUGCGUUGGGAAAACAACUUCGGAGUAAGAAUGCUCUCAAUAAUGCCAGAGCCACGGUUGUUGCAGUACAAAAAAUGAGGCAGUUCAGUGAUGUGGCUCGUGACCGCGGGAUCCCAAUGGAAGAACUGUGGAAAUGA